AUGGCUGCAAACCUGCCCACUGCUGCCCAAACCGUCGCCCGCAUGACCCAACGUGACUGCAACGACUGGAGCCCAUUAUAUGCACGUGAAGAACAGGCGACCCACCUCUCGACCACAAUUAGGGCUUGGAGGAGCCGUAAGGAUGCUCUACGUCUGGAUCUUUAUGCAUGCCUCCUCGUGUUGUUAGCCAAUGAUCUCAAUUUAGUCUGUCGGUACUAUGGUUUGGAGGCAAGGACAGCUGGAAGAAAGGAUAGAGGGAUCGCCACCUUUCACAGACCUUUGUCUAGUCGAGCCAGCGCAGGCAUUUAUGUACGACGCGUCACGGUGAAAGCAAACUUCCCUUCGCGCGUGCGCGCCCGGUAUCCCGAUUAUCAUGAAGACGCUCCCGAUGGUGUCGUAGGCCUUGGUUUCCGAAGACGCUGGUCCAUCUGUGCCUUCAUCAACAACUACAACGGUUCUACACGCGUCUUCAUAGAUUCACCUGACAUCAUCAAAAGUGGAAGAAAAGGCGCUUCCCCAUUCUGGAAUACGUGGGGGGCCUUCCAUACAUGGAAGGAACACAUUUUUUUUGUUCACGGGUGGGAGGCUUGGUCAUUUGGGUCUAGCCUUGUCUAUGGACACGUCAAUUUGAAGGCAUCUUCCUCUGUGACCAUUUUGGUCGCCUCUCCAUUAGCUGCAUCACUACCGUUUCCAUAG